UUCUGAGGCCCCGUCCAAUCCGAAUCGCCUGUACGUGCGGCCCCCAGUCCCUUUUUCAACCUUCACUAGCGCUACCGACUGAGGAGGGGCACCUUCGCUGAGUUUCGUGGUGCGCUGGAAGCGGCAUUAAUAGCGAGUAAAGAAGAGAAAUAACAUACAUUCGAACAGAGACGCUAUGUCCCUUCUAACAGUCAGUCGGCUGACGCCCAGACUUCUCGGCCCGAAGAAUGCGGCAUGUGUCCUUGUGGCCUCCAGAAACGCAAGUUCAUCAGCAACAAACCUAAAGGAUGUCCUGUCUGACCUCAUACCCAAGGAACAAAGCAGGAUCAAGAACUUCAAACAGCAAUAUGGCAAAACCACAAUUGGCCAAGUCACCGUGGACAUGGUGUAUGGUGGUAUGAGGGGCAUGAAGGGCCUGGUGUAUGAGACCUCUGUCCUGGAUGCUGAUGAGGGAAUCCGUUUCCGUGGGUACAGCAUUCCAGAAUGCCAGAAACUCUUGCCCAAGGCUCCAGGGGGUCAUGAGCCAGUGCCUGAGGGCCUGUUUUGGUUGUUGGUGACUGGGCAGGUGCCCACAGAGGAGCAGGCGAAUUGGCUGUCGAAGGAAUGGGCCAAGCGAGCGGCUCUCCCCUCACACGUUGUCACUAUGCUGGACAACUUCCCCAUGAACUUGCACCCCAUGUCCCAGUUCAGCGCUGCUAUUACUGCCCUCAACAGUGAGAGCAGCUUUGCACGGGCUUACUCUGAGGGUGUCAGCAAGGGAAAGUACUGGGAGUUCAUCUAUGAGGACUCCAUGGACUUGAUCGCUAAGCUGCCAUGUGUUGCUGCUAAGAUCUACCGCAACCUGUAUCGUGAGGGCAGCAGCAUCGGAGCCAUAGACUCCAGCCUCGACUGGUCCUACAAUUUCACCAACAUGCUGGGCUACAGUGACCCUCAGUUCACGGAGCUCAUGCGCCUCUACCUCACCAUUCACAGUGACCACGAGGGCGGAAAUGUCAGUGCCCACACCAGUCACCUUGUCGGCAGUGCCCUGUCUGACCCCUACCUCUCCUUUAGUGCUGCCAUGAAUGGCUUGGCUGGACCUCUGCAUGGGUUGGCCAACCAGGAGGUGCUGGUGUGGCUAACAGCUCUGCAGAAGGAGCUGGGUGGUGAGGUUUCAGAUGAAAAGCUGAGAGACUAUAUCUGGAACACCCUCAAGUCUGGAAGGGUAGUCCCAGGCUACGGACAUGCUGUGCUGAGGAAGACGGACCCUCGGUACACUUGCCAGCGCGAAUUUGCCCUCGAGCACUUGCCGGACGAUCCUUUGUUUAAACUGGUGUCUCAACUGUACAAGAUUGUGCCCAACGUGCUGCUGGAGCAAGGCAAGGCCAAAAACCCCUGGCCUAAUGUGGAUGCCCAUAGUGGGGUUCUCUUGCAGUACUAUGGCAUGACGGAGAUGAACUACUACACGGUGCUGUUUGGCGUCUCCCGGGCCCUGGGUGUCUUGGCACAGCUGAUAUGGAGCCGUGCACUGGGCUUCCCCUUGGAGCGGCCCAAGUCCAUGAGCACGGACGGGCUUAUGGCCCUGGUGGGGACAAAGUCAGGCUAGAGAGUAGCUGUGGGAGGAUGAGGACAGGGUAGGAAGUGGAAAAGAUUAAAAACUACCCUUUGGGACAGGGGAUUCAAAGAGUCUGUAUGCUUUUUUUUUUUUUUUUUUUUUUUUUAAAGUUAUAAAAGGGCCUUCAAGUAGACUUCAUUAGGUUACCAAAAAGGAGUGACACAUCUAAAAUUCUGAAACAAAAACACUGAUUUCAGAAGGGGAGAAGGAUAGCUUGUGAUACCCGCAGACACUCACAGCCCUCAGUUUUUGUCCUUUUUUAUUUUUUUUGUACCUCAUCCCCUGUAGACUUGAGUUUUAAAACUGACAUUUUGUUAACGUCAUCGGUAUGCUUUGCUGAUAUAAGAAGUCCUGCAUCCCUGGUUUAUUUUUCCCCUGAAUCUGUGACACCAAUGGGCCAACAGCUCCCUGUUGAUUGAGGCUAUUCUAGGAUGUGAUCCACUGUUGACCUGACACCCACAUCUGUACCUUCCACAGCUGACAGAAAGCACUGAAGAGGAGGCUAGUAGUGAAAACUUCUGUUUGCUUUAGUCUGGGAGCUUAUCAAUCCCCAAAACAUAUGCAAACCCUCCUCCCCUACUGAGUUGGGGGGGGGG